AAGCUUCAGUUAUAACCUUUCUAACGGAGCCGGGGUUGUAAACGUGAAGCUAUAGCUUCAUUAAUGUUCACUUACAGUCAUUCAACACGUUACAUGAUGACGUCAGAGGUAGAGUCAGGGGUACAUUCAAAGUAGUUGAAUGAGAAAGUGUCCAAACUUUUGACUGGUGCUGUACGUGGGACAGUUCAGGCAUCCAGUUGUUUACGUUUCCACAAUGGCAGAAGGAGGAGAUGUUGAAUGGGAGCUAAGCAAAGAAAACAUCCAGCCACUGCGGCGGGGCAGAGACGCAUCAGCCUUACAUCAGGCGCUCAGUCAACAACAGGAUGGACUGAACUCUGCCAUCAACCAGCAGAGACAGUCCUUUGAGUCGGAACUGCGAAUGUAUGAGGGAGAUGAUCCACUUGAUGUUUGGGAUCGGUAUAUUAAGUGGACAGAGCAAACCUUCCCUCAGGGAGGAAAAGAGAGCAACCUCGCCACACUAUUGGAACGGGCCGUGUACAGAUUCACAGAGGAAAAGAAAUAUCACCAAGACCCCCGUUAUGUUGAGCUCUGGAUCAAAUUUGCAGAGACCUGCCCGGAGCCUUUGGACAUAUACAGGUACAUGCAGGCUCAGGGAAUAGGAGUGACACAGGCAUCCCUCUACAUCGCUUGGUCUGAAGAAUAUGAGAAUCAGGGCAACUGUCGCAAAGCAGACCUGGUCUACCAGGAAGGAUUCAAGAAGUGUGCGGAGCCGCAUGAUAAGCUCCUGCAGUUUCAUAAGGCCUUGCAAGCACGUGUGUCCCGACAGGUAAUGAUGAAUGUGGAGGAGGACGAUAGUGAUGAUGAGCCUAAACAAGCUGAGAGAGUUUCUCUAGCCAACCUCAAAUGCAGAGGGAAGAAAAAGGCCAUCGCCCCGAUCAACAGAGUUGGACAUUCAAUCAGAAGUAUUUCCGGAGGCCUCCAGUCACAUCGUGCCCCCGUCCUAGGCAGUGCUUCAAACAGUCGGUUGGUGGUCUUUGAUGAGAACAAGACUCAAAGUGCUGGCCCUUCAGAGCCUAAAUUGGAGUCUUGGCUGGCCCCUCCCACUUCCAGGGCAAAGGAGAACGAGCAGAAGCCUGAAACAUGGUCUGACGUCAAGAUCCCCCAGAAAUCCAAAUUCGGACAUACUGUUAUGGCCCCACCGCCUCCCAAACCCAUGUUUCAACCAUUUGUUGAGCAGUCGGACCAGCCUCCAACAAUGACUCCCUGUAAGAUAAACCCGGCAGUGAACACAGUUUUAUCAGCGCGUAAACCCCGCAGAGAGGAAACUCCUCUAAAGAGACUACAGGAGCACCAUCAGCAACAGAAAGAAGCAGAGUCGGGAAAUCUGCAGGAGCAGAGCAUGUACUGUAAAGAGCUGCUGCUCAGCGGCGCCUCUGAAUUCUGCUUUGAGGAACUGCGUGCUGAACGCUACUUCAAAAAGGUGACCCAGGAUGUCAGAGGUCAAAAGGAUCAAGCUAGUGCCAGUGCUUCCAACUGAUGUAACUAAAAAAAGACUGACAUUUUUCUUGCCCUUUUUUUUAUGGAUUUUUCAUUUAGACAAGAUAUAAUCUGCAAGUAUCAUGUAGUUACUGCUAUGUAUUGUUUAUCCUGCUGUUUAUAUGUUGUUCCGAGAGAUCCAGUUACUCAGACUAAGAGAAAAGGGGUUAUAUUGGUGACUCAUUUACACAUUUUUAACAAAAAAAGAAGUAACAUGCUUCACAGUAGUUUUUGAAGGCCUACUGGAUUUGUUAGUUUGUUAUAUUUCUACUCCUUGUAAAUACUAAACAGGUUUGUUCACCACAGCUCUGCUACAGACAUACUACUAACACUCAUCCCUAAUUUCCUGCUUACUCUAUUUGUCUAUUUUUCUUAAUUGCAUUGUUCUUAAGAACAGUGUUUUUCUUUUUUAUGUGCUGCCUGUUUUAAGUUGAUCCGUUUUGUUCAGUAUUUCUUGAGCAGAUGUUUCAGUAAAAUUUGAACACAGUCGAAAGACGGCUUCGUGAGGUGAUUUAUCUGGGUUUUAUGUCUCAGUCUGAGUGAAAUGUCCCUUUCGAGGCCAUGUAUCAUCGGUGUUCAAUAAACUUGUUAAAAUGUC